CGACAGCUCUCCCUCCCCUUACUUUUUUUUUUUUCUUCCCUUCAAAGUUUUCUUCGGAGUGGGGAGAGGGGUGGGAGAGGAAGAGGGUCCAGCCAGCCUCGGUCCAUACUCUUUCCCUGUCUAACUUGCCCCCGCCUUCCUACCCCUCCAUCCCCUGCGCGCCGCUGCCCCUCCGGAGCAGCGCUCCCAACUGACAAUUGGAGCGCGGCUCCUUUAAGAGCCCGGCUUUGCCUCCCGGUAGCUGAAGGUCAUUAAACACAAAAGCUCUCAGCGCUGCGGUCCAAUAUAGCGCAUGCGCCCUGCCCGAGGACUGGCAGAGAGACGGCAAUAUGGCGAGAAUGCCUGGCAGCGGGGACUGUAACACCAGCGCGGGCGGCAGCGCCAGCGCCGCCGCCGCCGCCGCCGAGAACAAUGGGGAGCGGGGCGAGGGCGAGCGCGGUGCAGGGGGCCGCGGCCGCCGCCACGGCCGCCCGCACUACUGCAGCGCGGGAGAGGAGGAGGAGGAAGAGGAAGAGGAGGACGAGAUCCAGGAGGUGCAGAUAACGGGGGACGAGGAGGAGGAGGAGGAGGACGGAGGUGGGGGUCUGGAGGAGGAGGAGGAGGAAGAGGAGGAGGAAGAGAUGGGGCUGGACUGGGACGAGCCCCUGGAGCCCGAGGACUCGGCCGGGGAGGAGCUGGAGCCUGAGCCGGUCCAUAUGAUCAAUAUGGACCAGAGCGCUGCGCUGGAGCCCGAGGCGCCGCCGCGACUGCUGGCGCCCCGGGCCCGCGGUGGGCCGCCCGGGGACGGCGCCGAGCUGGACCCCGACGUGCUGCAGCGCCCCGAGCGGGCCCGGCUGAGCGAGAACACCCGGCUGGCCACCCGCUACGCCGUGCGCAUCUUCCGGGAGUACCUGAGCGAGAAGGCGCAGAGCCCGGACUUCGAGACCAUGGACAAGGGGGCGCUGUGCCGCGUGCUGCGCUCGUUCUACGCCGAGGCCCGCUCCAAGAGCGGCCAGCUCUACAGCAAAUCGUCGCUCAUCAGCAUCCGCAGCUCCCUCAACCGCUACCUCAACGAGCCCCCGUACUGUCGCACGCUCGACCUCACCAAGGACCCCGAGCUGCGCAGCGCCAACCUGACGCUGGCCGCGGUCAUCCGCAAGCUCGAGGAGCAGGGCGCCGGGCCAGUGGUGCAGAAGCAAGCCAUCACGCGCGCCGACCUGCGCAAGCUCUACACCUCCAGCGUCUUCAGCACCAACACGCCCUUCGGGCUGCUCAACAAGGUCUGGUUCGAGACGUGCAUGUACUUCUGUACGCGCGGCCGCGAGAACCAGCGCGAGCUCGAGGAGGACUCCUUUGGGCUGGCCAUGGACGAGGACGGCCGCAAGUUCGUCUACUUUAAGUCCCUCGGGCCCUACCACAAAUCGCGCUCAUCGUCUUGGAGCAAGAAGCGCGCCGAGAGCAGCGACGAGGAGAACUUGCCCCGCAUGUACGAGACAGGAACCGAGUUCUGCCCUUACGCCAGCUUCGUCAAGUACCUGUCGAAGCGCAACCCCCUCUGCAAGGCGUUCUUCCAGCGGCCCCGGGACCACUGCAGCGAGGGCGAUGUGACCUGGUACGAGAACAAAGCCAUUGGCAAGAACUUGCUGGGCACCAGGAUGCAGAUGCUCUCCAAGGCAGCCAAACUCUCCAAGACCUACACCAACCACUGCAUCGGCGCAGUGUCCAUCGCCACGCUCAACAGCAUCGCGGGCAUCGGUACCAAACUGGGCUCGCCCGCCCCGCAGGGCUGCUACGCCGAGGCUCUGAACGGGGCGGCUCGCCACCACUCCCACCAUCCCCCCACUCAUUCCUCCCACCACCACCGCCCCCAGCCGCCCUCGCUGGGGAACACCUAUAUCCUCCCCAGAGACAGCCAGGUUGGGCCCGACGUGAAAUCGGAGGCUGCGCCCAAGCGCGCUCUGUACGAGUCCGUGUUUGGGUCUGGGGAAAUCUGCGGCCCCUCUUCCCCCAAAAGACUUUGUAUCCGCCCCUCGGAGCCUGUGGAUGCGGUGGUGGUGGUUUCCGUGAAACACGACCCCCUGCCUCUUCUUCCAGAAGCCAAUGGGCACAGAAGCACCAAUUCUCCCACAAUAGUUUCACCUGCUAUUGUUUCCCCCACCCAGGACAGUCGGCCCAAUAUGUCAAGACCUCUGAUCACCAGAUCUCCUGCCUCGCCCCUGAACAACCAAGGCAUUCCUACUCCAGCCCAGCUCACAAAAUCCAAUGCACCCGUCCACAUUGAUGUGGGCGGCCACAUGUACACCAGCAGCCUGGCCACCCUCACCAAAUACCCUGAAUCCAGAAUCGGAAGACUUUUUGAUGGUACAGAGCCAAUUGUUUUGGACAGUCUCAAACAGCACUAUUUCAUUGACAGAGAUGGACAGAUGUUCAGAUAUAUCUUGAAUUUUCUACGAACAUCAAAACUCCUCAUUCCUGAUGAUUUCAAGGACUACACUUUGUUAUACGAAGAGGCAAAAUAUUUUCAGCUUCAGCCCAUGCUGUUGGAGAUGGAAAGAUGGAAACAGGACAGAGAAAGUGGCCGCUUUUCGAGGCCCUGUGAGUGCCUGGUGGUGCGUGUUGCCCCAGACCUCGGAGAAAGGAUCACGCUCAGUGGUGACAAAUCCUUGAUAGAGGAAGUGUUUCCAGAAAUCGGCGAUGUGAUGUGUAACUCUGUCAACGCAGGCUGGAAUCACGACUCCACGCACGUCAUCAGGUUCCCACUGAAUGGCUACUGUCACCUCAACUCAGUGCAGGUCCUCGAGAGGUUGCAGCAAAGAGGGUUUGAAAUCGUGGGCUCCUGCGGGGGAGGAGUGGACUCAUCUCAGUUCAGCGAAUACGUCCUGCGGCGGGAGCUGAGGCGGACACCCCGCGGACCCUCCGUCAUCCGGAUAAAGCAAGAGCCUCUGGACUAAGUGGACGUAUUUCUUAUGCAAAAAGGAAGAAAACAUACUUAUGACGCAAACAGAAAAAAGGGACAUUUAUGUGCAGUUGGGACAGCACACCAAGUCCUGGACCUAAAAUUGAAUAAAAGACACAUUUAUAUCCAAUAGAGACCACACCUGUAUUCAUAUGGGAACAAUUGGAAUAGUGAUAUCCUCGAGGUGUAAAAAAUAUAUAAAUAUAUAUAUAUAUGUCAAAAGGUAGGAAAUGCAAAAAAAGAAAAAAAAAAAAAAAGAAGAAGGUGGUGCUGUGAUGGCCGUGAAGUGUCCUGGGCCUCCUGAGGCCUCUGACCAAUAAACAAGCCAUGAGCAGUGAGGACGCAUCUCCUUACCGUUUUCGUUGCCAACAGCCAUCCAUUGUUUCUUUUUCCUUUGUCUUUCUUUUUCCUUUUUUUUUUUUUUUAAAAAAAAAAAAAAACAAAAAAACAAAAACCAACCACUAGAAUUACAUUUCCUGCGUAUGGAAGUUUCAUGUCUCUCUUUAUAUGGGGGACCAGGCAGGACUUCAAAAAAACCUCUCAUGAGCACACUGCAUUUGAAAGACGUUAGACAUGAAAUUUUAAAUGUAGUUUGUACAGAAGUCACACUUUUUUGUCCACCUCACAGAUGUGAACUUACUUUGUUUUUAAACUGAUCAGUUUUGCAAAGGGGCCAGAAUUAUUACUUGUUAGAGUUGCUCCAGUUUGAGUCUGCUGCUUUCCUACAGUUUUUCAAAUUUUAUAAUGUAUUAAAUACAAUAAACUCUGUUUAAAAAAUAA